ACAAUUCUCAUUCCUAUAUAUUUGUUAUAAACGCAUCUUCAUACAAAAUGGAUGCCCUUGAAGCCCAAAACCAAAUCAAGCAAAUGGUGAAUUUUAUACUAAAUGAAGCCAAGGACAAAGCUGAAGAAAUAGAAUCUGGCGCUAUUGAGGAGUUUAACAUCGAGAAACUUACGUUGUUCCAGCAAAAGAAAGAUGAAGUACGAUCUAGAAUAGCAAAGAGAAUAAACGCUCUCAAAUUGGAAAAGAUCAGGUCGAGAAACAAGGAACUUAAAGAUAUAAGUGACAAAUUGUUGCGUUAUCAGUGUGAUGUUAUCGAUGAAAUUACCCAGUCAGCCCUAGGAAAGCUAAAGGACCUGGUGGCUGAUGCACAAGAGUACAAAAAGGUUCUUAUAAUGUUAAUACUAUCAGGAUGUUUUGCAUUGGAUACGGAGAAUGUCCUAGUCAGGUGCAGAACUUCUGAUGUGGAUAUCGUGGAAUCUGUCCUAUCGGAUGUUAGAGAUGAGUACGAGAGAAUUGUCCAAGAGAGACAGAGGAUACAAAAGUCCAUUAACAUAAGCGUCGAUAGGAAAGUUUCCCUCUCUGAAGAUAUGUUUGGUGUUGUCUUGACUACUCAGGAUGGGACCAUUGAAUGUGACUCCACCUUGAAUAACCGAUUGAACAGAUGUUGCAGGGCUCUCAUUCCAGAACUGAAGGCACAGCUCUUUACGUCAUCUACAGUUCAAUGAUAUUUCAAAACGCUGUACUAUAGUACUAAUAAUUUAAACUUUA